AUGGAACGCGAAGGAUGCAGCCAGACAGCGGCUUUUUCGGCUAUGGCGAUGAAGAGCAGUACCUCAAGCCGCCACCCCCCCUCGCCUCCGGAUUUGCCGGAGGUGAAGGAUCCAUGGGUGCGCGAGUGGAAAAGAGCCUGUGACGAGAACAGGCCGUGGCUCCAGUUGGGCUUCACCGCCGAGAGUGGUCACUAUCCUUGGUGUUCGCUGUGUGGCAAGUGGGCGGGCGAGGAGCAUUUGAACUCCAAGAAGUGUCAUCAAAGGCGCGAGGCCCACAAUAUCUCCUUGAGCAGACAUCUUCAAGAUCUAAUUGAAAAAGACGGCUUUGCGACAGGAUAUUCAGAGUCCCGGAGGCGGAGGGAGGUCGGAGGGAGGUCACUGAGCCAGAGCCGGUGCCCGCACCGGCACCGGUGA